ACAGCCGCUCAGCUCCUCCACGUCGUCAGGCAUCAGCGGCGUUAUCCACCCUCCAAGGUCUAGUCUCUCACUCUCUCUCUCGACCCUUACUCAUUCACUCACUCCCACGAUUCUAGGGGUGUGCAAAAAAAUCUAGAUUAUGGAUUUUAAAUACAAUCCAAACCAAACUAUUUAAAAAAAUCAGUUAAAUAAAAAAAAUCUAAAUCAAAUUGCAUCAAUUUUAUAGUUUAGUUUUUUAAUUCAAACCAUUUAACCAAUUUAAAUCCGGAUCUGGAUCCGACUCUUCCCUCUUGGUCUUCUCAUCAUCUAAACUCAGCUGCCGGCGCUUAUUGUCUCCGCCGCAGCUGGCACUGCAGCAGGCAGCUGGCACUGCAGCAGGCAGCUGGCAGUGGCACUGCAGUUUCGUAUCUUCCGCCGCCACCACGCGUCGCGUCUCUGGUCGUAGCUUUCGCCUCUUUGGAUCGUUGUCGCACCGCUGCUCUGUUCCGCCGUGUUUUGUUCUGCCGUCCGCCUUUCCUCGUCGUGACCAGCUCUGUUCUUCUCUGUUCUCUGGGUACCCUCGCCUUUCCUCAAGGUCAACCUAUUCAACCUCUAAUCCACCAAUUCAACCUGUAAUCCACCAGUUGAAUGAGUGACCCCAUUAUUCAGUCAUAUGAUCGGUUCAAUUACUGGUUCAGUCUGAUAAUUAUGCUCCGAAUCUCAAGAUGGUUUUUGACAUUAUUUGCAGUGGGAGGGACAAGAUUGAAAAUCCGAGCAGGAUUGGUUAACAGUGGUUCCUGAGCUCAAACUAGGAGCCAAAGUAGAACAAGAGUUAGUGUGGCCAUCAGAAGAACAACUAGGCGGCGGCAGCUGCACCAACACAUGGCCUAAUUGCUCAGUCGCAACAAACCCCGAAAUAGGCCGAGCUUGAACGGUAAAAUACAGCGUUGCAUUUGCUGGAAAAGCCCAAUAAUGAGGAUGGUUCACAACACUAUCACUGGAAGAAGCAGCAGUGCCAGGUAACUUUUUCAUAGAUCCGUCAAUUAAGGCCCAUUUGGCCAUUUUAAAUAGCAACAAGGAGACGAGGAAUUCACAAAAACGUGUUUUUAUUGCUUGUUACUUUUUAGAAUGCAAAGUUGACAAAAAGCAUUCAUAUUAGUCAUUACAUAAUUCAUUGGUAAUGGCAAAAAUGAUUAAUCAUGUUUGAGCAUUGAGCAUUCUUGAUUGGCAUGAAUAAGGCUACGCAAUCUCUGAAAUGGGUUCUGUUGGAAUUCAUUGAUAAAUGUAAGGACUUGAGAUCCUUCAAGAAAAUUCAUGCACAAUUAUUGACCUCUGCCCUUGUUUCCAAUGACUUGGUUGUCGCCAAAGUUGCAAAUCUUUUUGGUAAACAUGUCACCAAUGUUCAUUACACCAGCAAUUACUUGAAGCAAUUGGAUUGGAGCUUGAGCUCCUUCCCUUGCAACCUGUUCAUUUCCAGCUAUGCUUCUUCCCACUCACCCAGGGCUGCAAUUAUUGUCUAUAGAUGGGUUUUCAAAAAUGGGUUUGUUCCUGAUGUGUUCACUGUCCCAGCUGUUUUGAAAUCAUGUGCUCGAUUCUCUGGGAUUUUUGAGCUUAGGCAGUUGCAUGCAGUGGUAGUUAGGAACGGUUUGUGGUGUGACAUGUAUGUGCAGAACAGUCUUGUGCAUGUGUACAACAUUUGUGGGGACAAUGCUAGUGCUUGCAAGGUGUUUGAUGAGAUGCCUAUUAGAGAUGUGGUGUCUUGGACUGGUUUGAUAUCUGGGUCUGUGAAGGCUGGGUUGUUUGAUGAUGCCAUUGCAUUGUUUUUGAGAAUGGAUGUGGAGCCUAAUUUGGCAACUAUUGUUAGCAUAUUUGGGGCUAUUGGGAAACUGGGUCGUUUAAAUUUAGGGAAAGGGGUUCAUGGGUUGGUAGUUAAAUGUCCAUAUGGGAAGGAAUUGGUGGUAGACAAUGCAUUGAUGGAUAUGUAUAUGAAGUGUGAGUCUGUUGCUGAUGCAAGGCAAGUGUUUGAUGAGAUGCCUGAGAAGGACAUUAUUUCUUGGACUAGUAUGAUAGGUGGAUUGGUGCGAUGUCAAUUUCCAAAUGAGUCACUUAACCUGUUCUAUGAAAUGCAGGCAUCAGGUUUUGAGCCUGAUGGGGUUAUACUGACCAGUGUUCUUUCUGCUUCCGCAAGUCUUGGGCUGCUUGAAUAUGGCAGAUGGGUCCAUGAAUACAUUGAUUGCAGCUGCAUCAAACAGGAUGUUCAUAUAGGAACAGCAUUGGUUGACAUGUAUGCAAAAUGUGGUUGCAUAGAGAUGGCGCAGCGUGUCUUCAAUGAUAUGCCUUCUAAGAAUAUCAGAACUUGGAAUGCCUUUAUAGGUGGCCUAGCAAUAAAUGGACAUGGACAAGAAGCAUUGAAACAAUUUGAAGAGUUGAUUGAAUCUGGGACCAGGCCUAAUGAGGUGACGUUUUUGGCCAUUUUCACAGCAUGCUGCCAUUCCGGCCUGGUCGAUGAAGGUCGUCGGCUUUUCAAUCAGAUGACGAGUCCAAGUUACAAUAUUUCACCGUGGUUAGAACACUAUGGAUGCAUGGUUGAUUUGUUCUGCAGGGCUGGGUUGGUGGGGGAAGCUAUGGAGUUGAUAAAGACAAUGCCAAUGCCGCCCGAUGUGCAGAUCCUAGGAGCUCUCUUAAGUGCCUGCAGUACAUAUGAAAAUGUUGGAUUCUCCCAAGAAAUGUUAAAAUCACUUCAAAAUUUUGAAUACCAAGAUAGCGGUAUAUACGUUCUUCUAUCGAAUCUAUAUGCAGCGAGCAAGAAAUGGACCGAGGUGAGAAGCUUGAGGAGACAGAUGAAAAAGAAAGGAAUAAACAAGGUUCCAGGUUCUAGCAUUAUAAGAGUGGAUGGUAAAAGCCAUGAAUUUUUAGUUGGAGAUAAUGACCAUCCUCAAAGUGAGGAUAUACGUGUAGUGUUAAACACACUUGCGAAUCAAAUCGAUACCCUUUCUUGAUUAUUGUCUUAGGCUUGGUUUAUGUUUGUCGGUUUCUAUUUGUAUAGGCUUUGUUUAUGGUCUUUGAUCAAUGAAAUUUUGACAACGAAAAACUGGUGGAGGUCUAUGAAUUUAUUUCUAGCAAAAGUUAUAAAAUAAAAUCAGGGAUUCCUGCUAAUAUGGCCCUUGUC